AUGGCCUUCCAAUUUGACACUAACGAUGUGUACGUGAUCGCUUUAGCAUCUGACCAUCGUAUUGUGCUUAAAGCGAAUGGUGAAGUUAUUCAUUUCCGGCAAUAUCAAGAAAGGGCCAAAUCCCAACAUUUUGCGCCUGUUUUCCAUUGCGAGGAAUAUGGAUUACGAAACGUGAGCACGGGGAAAUUUCUUGGAGUCAAUGACCACAAUCAAAUCUCCUGCAAAUCUAGCAACUUGAACGAAUGGGAAAACCUUGUAUUCCACGCCCGUGACAAUGGCUACUGUGUUACUGUGCAUAAGGAUGGCCAUACCGGAGUCUUCGCGCGGUCAGAAAACGGGGACUAUUUGGAUUACAAAUGGGAGUGGGAGAAGCGCGUGAUCCUUCAUGCACUCAAAGUCUCACUACCCAGAACAGACACGUUGGAGAAGGAAGACA